AUGGCUUUCCGCGUCCCAACCCAAGCCCCACGGAGAAGGACCUCAUAUUCCGCCCCUCAACCCCCUCCGCCCCUUGAUAUUCCUUCCUCUACCCCAGAACAGCAAGACGACGAUACAACACAAUGGGUCCUGUUCUCUCCCACCGCCCAUACACACACGACAUCCACCGACCGCACGCGGACAGCGGGAGCCUCUCGAUUGAGUGAUUUUGGCUCCUUUGGCACUGCAACUCGUUCCGCUGCUGGACCAGAGGGCGAGGCAGCCGAUGAAGACAUUCUUGAUGAUCAGCUGGAUGAAGAUGGUACCGAGCUCGAUAGUUUAGACGAUGGGCUGCAUGCUUUUCGGGCCCCAUCUAUUCCCCCCACAUCCCCCGCACGAGUGGAUCAAGGAGCUCCUGCCAUCCUUCCAGCUCACGAUGGUCUAGGUGCCUUCCAGGCAUCAAGUCAGGCGGCGCAAGAUCAACUCUGGCAGCAUGAGCAGUUUAAUCCCGAGCGACGACAGUAUACCCCAGUCCAACAUCGUCGGCGCUCAAGUGUCCAACGUCAUCUUGACACAGUGGAUGAAGGACAUGCAGAUGUAGAACGAGAUCGCUGGCAGCGGAUAGAGGAAUGGAGGAUGGAUCAGAGUCGGGCUUUAUUGCAGGAGAUCGAACGCGAGACUCGUCGACAACGGAGGAGCCGUGGUAGUCAGUCAAGCAUAUCUAAUGUUGCUGAGCAAAUAUCCCCUGCCCGUAUAACAGGGACUUUGUCGGAGGUUGCUCCCGAGCCAGAGGGGGAGCCCGAAAUUGAUGAGUCAAUCUGGCGACGGAUCACUCGCAAGGUGAUUCGAGACUUGAUUGGAAUCGAUGAUUCUUUGCUCUCUGUGAUUUUCGGCGAGUCGUUGCUAGACGAGCACUCCCCAAUGCAGAGGUCUGAAGAGCUUGAUAUGGAAACCGUUCUGGCUCGAGAGCCGGAUUCAGACCACUCAGAUCCGCCCAUGUGGCAGACUCGCAUGAUUCAACGCAUUACGCACGAGAUUGGGAUAUUGGUUCACCAGCUUUGUGAACAUCCAGGUGCAUUUACGACAUAUUACCAAAUGACCAAGGACAUAUCAAAUGAAUAUGCCGGCAUGUCUCUCAGUCGCCUGACCGAGGGUGGAUUCUCCCAGAAGCCGAUUGAGCAGACAGACUCCAAAUCGGUAAAUACGACGAUUGAUAGUUCUAUGCCAUCACCACAAUUCCUCCCUACUAUUCGUGAUGCCAACAAAGAGCAUGAGGCACAAUGGGGUAUCGAAGAAGAUGACCCAACAGGUGGAGACCCCACUUCUGAAGCUACCCGGCUGCAGUCAGAACAAGAAUACUGGGAGCGCGGCCUAGACGUUAUGAUGGUCUUCCGUUAUCUUCGUACACGCUUCAGUCGGCGGGGAUACAUGCCAAACGACAAGAAAGUGUCGAGUCCCUCUCCUCACCAUAGCCAGGAUGCCUCGCGCCGUGCUGCCAUGAUUCGUCAACAUCAUCCUCUUGUCGCACGAGCCCACUCUCGAUCUCAAACUCAGACUCGUCGGGCAUCUCAACUGUCUGGCGUCUCCGGUCCUGUUGGUAUUUCCUCGCCAUUGCUUCGUCCCCAUAUUCGUCGACCGAGCUCAAGUUGUGCAAGCCAAAGUGCGAAAAUGUCGGCUAUUUCAAGUCGGCGAACUCUCACGGGGUCUAGCCGCAAUUAUUGGGACAUAGGUGGUAGUGUCGACAGUAAUAGUGCUAUAGGUGUCGGAGCUGGGCUCGGUGCCUGGGGCGAAACAUGA